AUGGCUCCUGUUUACUUACGUGACCAUUUUAAAAUGUCUUUCACAGACCAAGCAUAUUCUCUUAGAAAUAGAAAACUAUGUCUAAUUUUGCCAAGAGCACAAACAGAAUUCCUAAAGAAAGGUUUUGCCUUUUCUGGAGGAAAAGUUUGGAACGAACUACCAGAAUUAGUAAAAUGUAGCAAUAGUUUACAAAUCUUCAAAAAAAUUGUCUCAUCUCAUGCCUAAAAUUGUAUAAAGCUAUUUUUAAUAUAAUGUCGGCCCUCUUGUAAAGCAGUGGUAUCACUGAAGAGUUCACCGAAUUUAAAUAAAGAUUUCGCUGUCUGUCUGUCUGUCCGUCUGUCUGUCUGUCUGUCUGUCUGUCUGUCUGUCUGUCUGUCUGUCUGUCUGUCUGUCUGUCUGUCUGUCUGUCUGUGUCUGUGUCUGUGUCUGUGUCUGUGUCUGUGUCUGUGUCUGUGUCUGUGUCUGUGUCUGUGUCUGUGGCUGUGGCUGUGGCUGUGGCUGUCUGUGGCUGUGGCUGUCUGUCUGUCCGUCUGUAUGUCUGUCAUUGAGCUGGAAUUGAGUAUCUAUCUAUCAUUCAGCUGGAAUUUAUUUCUUUGAGACCAAUCAACCAAAAGAAACUGUUAUCUCUUGCAAAGAACUGUUAUCUGCGUGAUCAACGAUGUAUUCUAAGACAUUAGUGUCAUCCGCGUAUUUCAUCAUAUCCCCAUCAAAUUGUUCGUUGGAAAUUACAAGGUCGUCGACCAUAACUAGAAAAAGCCAUGGACCGAGCUUGGUUCCUUGCGGGACACCAGCAUUAACAGGUUUCCAAUUAGAGAAAAGAUUCGAGGAAAGCUUUACCCUCUGUGAUCUUCCUCUCAAAAAAUCUGAGAUCCAAUUUAAAGUUGAUGGUAUAAGACUUAGUUCUAAAAGUCUCGCAUAGAGAAUAUUAUGAUCUAUAAGAUCAAAAGCUUUCCGAUAAUCUGUAACCAGUGAUCGCACACAUCCGCCCUCUUUGUCUACUGUCUCCGACCAACAAUGGAUUAAGGCGAUUAAUGCCAACGUAGUAUUAGAACCCGGUAUGAAACCAAAUUCCUUACAAUCCAGGCAAUCCAUAAGUGCUGGUUUUAGAUCGUAUUUUAUAAUGGCAUCUUCGGCAAUUUUACAGAGUGAUCAGGUACGGGAUAUACUGUAGGUCUAAGGUCUUUAUUAACAUCAAUUACUUGUUUAUUUUUCGGUGUUGGGCAGAUAUUGGCCAAUUUCCAGCAACCAGGCACUUGCCUCUCUUUAAAGGACGCAUUUAUUAUUGUUGAUACAGGCAUUAAUUGCUAGGAUAACUGCAAACUUCUGAGGGAGCCAAUUGGGCAAGCAAUCAGGGCCACUGGAUUUUCCGGCUAAAUGUUUUCCGGCUAAUUACGAAGAUAUUACUCGUUGACUUCCUUGAUAACCACAGAGAUGUUUCACCUCCUUCCACCAAACUUUAGGUUUUUGUUGUGUUUAAGUUCUUUCAACUUAGCUUCAUAAUAUAAUUUACGGCAGUUUUUCCUACAUCGAUUUACUUUACUCCGCAACUGUUUAUACAAAGUAUGGUAAUUUGUGCAAAGGCUUUCUGUCUUUAAUCAAACGUUUCAAGUUGCUGUUCAUCCAGCGUUGAUCAUUUUGGCAAAUCUUCAUAGCCUUCAAUGUUGUACAAGAGUAUCUAGUCCAUAAUUUAUAACAUUGGUGAAGUUACUCAAGUUUUGCGGUUCACAAGACUGGUUUGAAUUAGCUACUAAGUUCCAUGGAACUUCAUAUAAAAAUCUUCCAAGACGAUGAAUGCUGCUGGGUCUCUUGUCACGCACAUAAAUUGUUUUCUUGGGAUGGCUACCAUGGUUUCUUUCUUUGGAUAAGGCGACAACAGUAAGAUGAUCCGACAAGCCUGGUGGGGGUGGGGGGGGGGGGGUACUUAACGGCUGCUCAUAAGAAUCGGACAAAUUCGUUAGAAUUAGAUCUAGUUUACUCGAUCCUCUUGUAUUAAAUUUUACAAUUUGCUUUAGCUGAAAUUAACGGGAAAUAUGCAUGUCGUAUAGGCAGCUUAUUAAUGAAAGUCUCCAGCCAGGAUUAAGUCACAAUUAGGAUAUCUACUUUCCAGUAGCUCGAGGGAUGAUUGAUUGCUGUCAAGUAAUCAAGCAUAUUUGUCUUAUUUGCACUGGGAGGAUGCUAUAAAACCGCUACAACAAGUACAGAAAAACCUCUUGCUAACCUAUGUGGAUUGAUCUUGAUCCACAAAACUGCACAUUCAUCUUCAUUCGGUAUAUCAGAGAUAACGUUCGCUACAUAGGAAUCUUUUGUAUAUAUACACACCCCGCCAUACCCUUUUUCUGUUGUAUCUCGUUGAAAGACUCUAUAGCCAUCGAUCUCAAUUACUUCGUCGGGUACUCAGUUUUUCAGCCACGUUUCACUGAUAAAAACUAUAUCUUCGUUAUUUUCCUUUAUUCCAUGUUCUAGUUCAUCCAUUUUAGGGAUUAAUGACAUCACAUUUGUUAGUACAAUUUUCGGAACAAAUUCCCCACUAGGGUCGGUUUGAGGGAGAUUCAAAGAAUCCCUUUGUAUGCCGUCGAUUUUAAUUAUAAUGCAAUUCUCCAAAUUCACCCCUCUAUUAAUCGUUGUGCAUUUGCGAGAUUGGGAAAAAAUAACGGGAAUUGGUUUGUGUAGCAAUUGGGUUGAUGUUUGAUAAGGGUUCUGUGUGACACUUUUAAUUGAUUCCGUAUUUGUUUUCGAGAGAUUCCUAUCUAAUAAUAAAAAUUGAAAAAGUUCAAUUGUCGUAACUAACUAUAAGCUCAGAAAACCUAACAAACACAUCACAAGUAUGUUAUUUGUCUUAGCAAAUAACUGGGUUAACUAACGAUUCAAUUAUCUCCCUUCAUUUUAAAACGUAAAGUAACAGCCAAUUAUAAAUUAUUGAACUGUGAUUAUAUUGAUCAAAAUAAGUCCAAUUUCUUAUUUUUCCAGCAAUUAUUGAUCAGGUUUUGACAGGCGAUCAAGGCUGUGGGGGUAUCCUAAGAAGCUGGAUUCAAAACGAAUAUACGACAACGAAGGAUGAUCAGCUUGUGAAUCUCAAAAAGUUAUGUGAGAGAGCUGUAUUUGUUGAAAAACCCAGCCGUUUCAAGCAGUUUAUUGCAGACAUCUGCAAAGGCGAUGGAAAAAUGAUCAUGGAGAAGCUAUCCAUUCAUCACCUAUCAGCAAUAUAUACAGAUAAAGUAUUGGAUAUCGUACCCGAAACACGAUCUUUAAAGGGUGAAAAUAGAGUCAGUAGUUAUGAUGCUCUUAUGAGUGGCAAGAAAUGCUUGCUGAAACUACACCAACAUUCCAAAGAAGAGGUGGUGAGGGCAGAUGCUUUAAGAACAGUUCGUUUAAGAAAAGAAAUCGAAAUUCUUCAAGUUUUGAAUGCUGAAUCAUGUCCAAACAUUGUCCAACUUCUCGGCUCAAGCACUGAAGCCCCUAUACAUAUGAUCGUAGAAAGAACGCCCAAAGGCGAUCUCCUGACCUACCUUGAAGGCCUUGCAGCUCUCACCACCCCGACUGAAGCUAAAGUAUUACUUGAGGCUGCUCUAGACGUUUGUAAAGCCAUGAUAUACCUUGGCGAACAGGAUAUAAUCCAUCGUGAUUUGUGCGCCAAGAAUUGUUUUGUUUUCAAGCAAGACGGGAAGCUACUUACCAAACUUGGCGACUUUCACCUUGCAGUUCUUUCUCAUUCCGGCCCAAAGUCGCCAAGUAAUCUGAAUCGUCAACAGAGUUUUUUAACAUAUUUCAAUCAAUUUGCUGUGCGUUGGAUGGCUAUUGAGGUAUUGCAGUUUCGUGAAUUCAGCACCGCAUCUGAUGUAUGGUCAUUCGGUGUAUUGCUGUCUGAGAUCUUUACCUUUGGUUGUAAGCCAUAUAUCAACAUGCCAAGUGGCCUGUCUUUGGAUCGUGACGAAGAAGUACGAGAAUUUGUAAGUACACUGUGAUAUGAUGUGUAAUGUGAUCUAGAAAUGACUGAAAUAGAUCAACAUAAGUUCAAAUCAAACUUGAAAUAUUAUUUUUAGCUAACUAACUAGAAUGCAAAUUAUUUUCUCAUCUAAUUAACAGUUAACAGUCAAGAGAGAAUGGUAUAUAACGGUUUAUAAUAGUUUCCGGCAACUUUGCCUAAAAACAUGAAAUGUUUGCAUACAAUCAAUAUACAAUGGUUUUCAAUUUUAGUAGGCAAUGUAAAGGGUGAAAAUAGUUAGUUCGAAAGUACGGCAUUGUUAGAGCUCGGUUACUAUUUUCCGACCUCGUCAUGCAUGAAUAAAGCAUUCAUUUUCUAAUGUUUCGGUUAUUUAUUUAGAAUCGUUGCACUUUAAUCUAUGCUUGGGCCUGCACUAUUAACAACAGGGUUUAAAACAACCAUUUUCUUAUAUAAAUUUUUAAUCGGGAGUUACUGAAUCGGAUGCAAAACACCAAGCAUGCACUAGCUAUUGUUCAAGAUCUAGUCUUUCACACUCGCGGUAUAGAUUACUCUACAAUUUGUUGAUUGUGUCACCAAACAGCGUCAAAAAUCUCACAACACAAUCGCUCGGCAGCAGUUUAACCAUACGAAGAAGACAUAAGAGUGAUUUUCUUGAACACGAGAGAUACCGGAUCGGAAUAAACAUGCCAUCGAAACAUUAGUAAAUGAAUGCUUUGUUGAUCAAGAGGUCGGCAAACAGCAGCCGAGCUCUCAUAUUGCAAUAAUUUCGAAUUAAAUAUUUUCACCCUGUAUGUUCCCAGUAAAAUCUGAAAGUCAUUGUAUAUAUGGAUUAUAUACAAAUUAGUAUACAAGCAGUGACCAUUUUGUCGCCAAUUUCUAUUAAUUUUAUUCAGUGUUUUUCUACGGUUUGCGACUUUCUCUGAGCAUGGAAUUUACGUUCUCAUUAAUAUGUGUUUUUUCGCUGCUCUUUCGGCAUUGAUUCUUUAGAAAAUUUGUAUUUAAACGAGUUUCUAUAUAAUAAAUGUGUUGAAUUAACCUGACAAAUAUUUUUGAAAGUUUUUCUUGUAUAUCUAUUAUUCUUGAAGCGAAUAUUUUCCUUUUUUCGGUUAGAAAAACUGUUGUAGUUUUGUGCCGCCAUCUUGUUUUGCGCUACUCGCCGUAUAUUUAUCAUUUAAAGACCUGGAGCGAGGGGAUUUGGGAUAAUAUUACCCAAAGUGAUAAUUGUUGUUCAGAAAUUUAUAUGGUUUUAAGACUCUGUUUUCUUCAUAAACAAUAAAUCAAAGUCUGAUGCUUAGGCUAAUGUUUUUUUUUGCUGCAGAAGUGAAUAUUUGCCUACCCAUCAAGCAAAUGCAUGAUGGUUUUGUCCGCAAUAUAGAAUAUAUAAAAUUUUGCAAGGCCAUGUUACCAUUACUUUGCAAUAUUUUACUGCCAAACCUUGCACGUUUACUGAUAUUAAUGUGCUGGUUUCAACUGAGAUGUUGGAUUUUAAUUUAUUUGCCAAAAUAAACUUUCGCAAACCGUGAAUAUUGAAAAGGUCUAUGAAUGUUGUGGCUGCAUGUUCAUAACUUUCCGGGUAUAUGCACCAAAUUAUAACCUUUAACAAGCUAAACGUUUGUUGAACAUUUUUGUUACAGUGAUUAAUUCUUGAAUCUUAUCACCAUAAGCAAUGCUGUACAUGUAUUCGUAGUGGUUCAUUUUUUCUUUUCAAAGUAUUUUGUUAAUGAAUAUAUAUAUGUAUCCUCCUUUUUCUUUCAUCAGGUCCUUAAAGGCAAGAGACUCGAACUUCAUCCAAAAAUUCCUAAACCAAUUCAAUUUCUCAUUGGGUUAACAAUGGUAGAGGCAGAUCACAGACCAACAUUUUUGAGCCUUACAGAGAACUUACUGGAAAUAAAAUUUGAGAAGGGUAUGUACUUUGCAUUAUUUUGUGUAUUGAAUUUUUAUUGAAAAUUUUGAAGGAAUAUAACAACAUAACAUCACUCGAAAGCUAUCUUGGAAAAGCUAUAUAGCUAUUCAACGAUAAGCUAUGUAUAUUAUGUUUUUGUGGAGAAAAAUGCAUUUAAGUGGAGAAACAGUCAUUCAAAUAUGCAUUUUUUAUGUAGCCUAGUUCCAACCAUAAAAAUAUACACAAAAAUAUAACUCGACUGUGAUUAGUUGAUUUCUGUGGAGUCAAUCUCAAACAACCUUGCAAAAUUAUGUAAAAACAGUGCGAAAAUCUGUAACAAACUGAUCGGAUUGGUGUAAAAACAACAUGAUCUAAAAAUAAUCAAUCAGCUUAAAGUAGUCCUCUUGUAUAACGGUCACAGAUUGCUUCAAAACAAAACAAACAUGGUGACCGCGCUACACAAGAAAAAUUUGAGUUCUGGUGGAAAAUAUGGUUUCUAUUUAAAAAAAAAUGGAAAAGACUUUACCUUAACAAGACUAACAAAACUUGCAUACACAGCAAAAAAUCAUUUUCUUAUUUUAAGAAAAAAACAACUUGUUUUAAGAAAAUUUUCUUGAAAUAAGAAAAUAUUUUCUUGGGAGAAUAACAAGAAAAUUUUCUUAGUAAGAAAAUUUUCUUAAGAAAAUGUUUUCUUAAUUAUUAAGAAAAUUUUUUCUUAUUUUAAGAAAAAGAUAUCUUGGGAUUCAAAAAUUUCUUAUUUCAAGAAAAUUUUUUCUUACUAAGAAAAUCAUUUUCUUAUUUUAAGAUUUUUUUUCUUAAAUUAAGAAAUUUUUUUCUUAAUAAGAAAAUGAUUUUUUGCUGUGUAGUUGAAUGAAAUUUCAAGCCGUUAGCCUUGUAUAAUGUGAUAUAACAAAGCACAAAAUUUUGUCAGUGGACGAUUCGCUGUAGCUACGUAAGUUAAAACUACAAUUGUCUCGAACAUUUUUAUGUCUUUUAAAAAUGUUGGAAGCGAAACCAGGAUUCAUAAUUAAUUGUGUAAACGUUCUCUGGUUAAAAAAGAUUUAUUUAUUAACAAGCUUUCGACUGCCAGUCUGCAGUCUUCGACGGGUAGAUAUAUAUAUAUAUAGAUAUAUUAUAUUAUCUACCUUCGUAGAUAUAUUAUCUAGUCUUAAUAUAUCUACACGAUAUAUUAUCUAGUAGAUAAUAUAUCUACACGAAGAUAAGAUAUAUUAUCUUAUCUUCGUGUAGAUAUAUUAUCUACCUUCGACGGGUAGAUAAUAUAUCUACCCGUCGAAGACUGCAGACUGGCAGUCGAAAGCUUGUUAAUAAAUAAAUCUUUUUUAACCAGAGAACGUUUACACAAUUAAUUUUUAUGUCUAUUAUCAAUCCAUAUAAUAGGCUGGUUUCUCGUGAAACUUGGACAAAACAAGCACUCGUGAGUAUUUCAAAGACUUCAAAUAGUACUCGUCCUUCGUUCGGACUCGUGUUAUUUUGAUGCUAUUUGACUAAAAACUCACUCGUGCAUGUUUUAUCCAAAUUGGACUCGAAACCAUCCUAUUAUCUACACUAAAGACACCUCAAAUUAUUAGUUUUAAUAUUUCGAAAAAUCUUAAAAGAUGCACCCCGUCGUUUUCAUACACAAUGUAUGGGACAAAUUACAUGUACAACAUACAAUGUGUGAAUGUGUAUAUGUUUAGCUCCCGAAAGAGAAAAAAAUAACUUUUUUGUCCUACUGUUUAGACAUGUAUACAAAUCCAGCCAUAUUCAAGAUUUCCUAUGACAAGGAUUCUGACCUCGUAAGUAUUUAAAAACAUAUUAUAAUAAAGAUACAGGUUCACGAAUAAAAUACUUAUGCGGACACUCACUUCGAAAUGCAUACAAGCCAACAAUCAAGAACGCAAUACAGUUUUCUCACAGUUGUCAACUAGCAGCCAAUGAUAUAGCUAUCUGGCAGCCAAUGAUGGAGCUCUCUAUAGCAACCAAUAAUAUAGCCCACUGUAGCAAGGUUAGAAUACGAUGUUUUUACUAUCACACAUCCGGGCGUAAGCCCGGGGCGAGGGUACUAAUUCCGCCCGAAUAUUUACACCCGGGUGUUUGAGAACACAGCGAAGUGCAAAGUUCUCCUUCAUUAUGUGAUGGACGGUCUUCGACGUUAUGCGCAUGCGCGUGUAUAAGCUACGUUAAAAAAAUGUUUUUCAUUUUGCAAUGAUGUAUUUUGCUGUUUUACAAUAUAUUUUUGCGAUGUAUUUCACUUUCAACUGGAAAAAGCUUGCAGUUUCACGUAUUAGUGGUUGUGAACCGUGAAACAAAGUGCGAAAGCCAUAAACACCAAUUUUGUCGAAGACGAACCAGAUGUUUUUAACAAAUUUCAGUUAUAAUAUAAGUAGGAUAUAACAGACAAUUUGAUUGGCUAACGCGCGUGCAUUGUGACGCGCAACAAUGCACUGUGUUCUGUGGCAGUCUCUUGCUAAAAUUGCUAAAAUUGUUCACCAUGUACUAUCUUAUACUUAUAUUAUUAUUAGCAUGACAAAAUUAUUGGAUGCCGAUUGGUUGAGAGGAGUACAAUUAUUUCAUUAAUUGUACUGCAGUACAAUUAAUGAUUUUCCCAAAACAAACAAAAUGGCGUAAAGGCACUUUAAACACAAGCGUGAAAUGAAAUUGCCGUGGAGGAACUAGAUGAAAAUACGAACAAAAGCACCAAAUUUUGCUUGAACAAAAGAACUAAAUGAAAGUACAAACAAAAAUACCAAAUUUUGGUUGAAAGUCUGGCAGGACUGGGCUUUGGCGAGCGAAUAUGAUGUUGACAUUGAGAAGUAUGUAUCCAAUUUUGUCAUGCUAAUAAUAAACAAGUAAUCAUGCGAUGUUGCUCGUACAAUUAUGGAUUAAUAGUACUCGUGAUGUUUGGAAAUUUGCCAAAUUGGACUCGCCCCGGCGGUUCGUCCAAUUUUGGCAAAAUUUCCAAACCAUCACUCGUACUAUUAAUCCCUAAUUGUACUCGCCAUUGCAUGAUUAUAUACCUCUACUUAUAAAAGAAAUAGAAAAACUCAUCUCGUGCGUUUAUGGUGUGAUAAUGCCCUCGUGGAAUGUUGGGAGAACACUCGAGAAGCGUGUAAAACACUCGGCUACGCCUCGUGUUUUACACGCUUUUCUCGUAUUCUCCAAACAUUUCCCGCGUGCAUUAUCACAACAUAAACGCACGCGACUCGUCUUCUAUUCCUUAAAAUCGUUGUCUUGGGUCUCUUGGAUAUGUUUGGAACUUGGGUAAGUUCCGUACUUGCUUUGCAUUUUCGAUUUCAUUCAUAUCUGCGAAAUUUUUACGCCAUUCUUAACUCAGUAAAUACUGAAUAUGUUUUUAUAUGCAUGCAAGCUGGUAUUUACUUCUCAAAUUCAUUAAUAAUUCAUGAGUAAAUUAGCCAAUGAUAAUCACCUAUUUGAUCACAAGAUGCCAUUUGGAUACUUGAUGAAAGUCACUAGUGUUUUCAUCAAAUAUCUUAAUUACGCAUGCAAAAUAUACUUGAAUAGAAUUCCUAAUUACGUUAUGCUUGGUUAAGAAUUCUAUUCAAAUCAGCAAACGAAAACAUUCUGUUACGUCUCGAUUCAUUUGAGAAGCCAUAUAAACAACUCGAGCUCGUGUCUCACCGGGAUAUCCAAACACUCGAAAACAAUGUAUGAAAACACUCGCGCUUCGCGCUCGUGUUUUCAUACAUUGUUUUCUCGUGUUUGGAUAUCCCGGUGAAACACUCGCUCUCGUUGUUCAUAUAUUACAUGAAAUUGUAGUGUAAUAAUAUUCAUGUUUAUUUGAGCCAAUUUGGUAAUAUAGCGUAUCGUGUUUUUAUGUGUGUUUAUAAUGGUCUUUAGGGAGCAGUCAUUAUUAAUGCUGGGGGUAGGGCCGGAAGAUACUUGGGGGGCCACCAAAAAUUUUUUAACCACUUAGGGAGGCUACCAAAACUAUCAAAAAAAGGUAGGGGGGAACCAAAAGUAAUGUACAAUAAUCAUAAAACAUCAGCAAUUAUAGUUCACUGUAAUAUAAAUGUGAAUGCGGUAAUCACACGGGAAGAAGUGCAAUUAAUGAUUAACACUACGAGUGAUAUUUGAAAAAUGUGCCAAAAUUGCACAAGCCGUUAAUAAUUAAUUGCACGACUUGCCCGUGUGAUUAUUUAUUUAUUUUAUGCAUGGCAUGAUGACAAAAUAGUUUUCUUUAAAAUUCAACUUCAUUUUGUCAAGAGUUUUUAAUUCUUUUGUAAGCAAUUUGGCAUAAACAAACUUGGGAAAUGAUCAUAAACUCAUAAAGGCACAUAACUUAAACUAGGACAAAUGAUUCAUACUCAAAUAACAUAUGUUCAGAGUAUUACGAAAAUCUUUAUAAAUUGUAUUACCGACUUUAUACAUAGUCACGUUUCGCUGCAUCUCGCCGAGAUUAUUUCUUAAAACUGUUUCCAGUCAUUCUCCACAGACUCUUUUUGCCAUACUAUGUUUUUUAAACUCAUUCUUGUGCCAAAAUUUAGUUCAAUUCGUCCAUGUGGUUUUUAUACAAGAUAAAGAUAAAUUUCCCCGCCAUAUUGGACUUGUUGUUUUGAUUUCCCCCUCCCCCCAGCCAUCGAAAUUCAUUAAUUGCACCACAGGUGGCCCAAUCUCGCAAGGGUCAAGUACCAUCGAGACUGAUCGAGUGCAAAGUCUCGGAAAAUAUUAGUCCAACAAAAGAGGAAUAAAAGGAGAACACACACUAUCGAAUAGACAAGUCAAUUUCAUUUUAAAAUUUAUAUUUUAUUAUAUAUAUUUGCUAUAAUAUACAUUGCUAUAAUAUACAAGUCUAUACAGUUGCUUGCGAGAUUGGGCCGCCUGUGAUCUAUAGUAUAUGUUUGGAAUGCAAGUUCAAUCACAGGGGGAAGAGUGGGGGGGCUAUGAAAAUUUAUUAUAUUUAAGGGGGGGGGCAUGAAAUAAUAUUUUGAAAGAGUGAGGGGCCAUGAAAAAUUUACCAUGAGUUUAGAAAUAUCUUCCGGCCCCACACCCGGCAUUAAUAAUGACUGCUCCCUAAAUCAGUUUCCGAUAUUUUGCCGUAUCUACGACAAUUAGAUUCGGCGCAUGAAAAGUUCGCCCUCUAAUCCGGGCCUUACGAGAAUCAAUCUGUACACAGAGCUAUAUCAAAGCUUGUCAAAACUGCUAUAAACACUGCUAUAACUGUGAAACUAUUGAAGUCUAAAGUGACAUUAUUGAAUACAUGCGAAAAGCUGAAAAUGACACAACGUGACACUGGGACUAUAAAGUCAAAGGUCAAUGAGACCACAGUUAAUUGAUGAGACUUGUUAUUGUAAACAUGUCACAAUUAGGUUAAAAUGCGGAAGCGGAUGGAGCGGACCCACGGAACAGAUAUGGGCAUAAAAUACGGGGCAUAUAGUUCUUGGGCAUAUAGUUCUUGGGCAUAUAGUUCUUGCAGUGUCUUUUUCAAUUUGAAACUUCACACUAUCCUUGGAUCCCUAGUUUGUUAUUUCUAUCUUUUUCUAGACAUUGAGUAUUGUUUGACCAACCCAUGUCAUGUCAAUGCCAGCUGUUUAGACAACGGAGGUUCUUUUGUUUGUCAAUGUCAAGCUGGGUAUUCUGGAAAUGGAUUUAAUUGUUCUGGUAAGUAACUCUUUCAUUCAUACAUAAAGUUUUGUACCUUUCUACUAAUCUACCAACCCAUGUCAUGUCAAUGCCAGCUGUACUGACACUGAUGGUUCUUUUUACUGUCAAUGUGAUGCUGGGUUUUUAGGAGGUGGAUUUUCUUGUACAGGUAAACACGUACGCUUCAUGUUUACGGGUAAAAUAUUCAUUUGGUGCCAACAAUUGAUAUAUUAUAUACAACAGCGGUUGUGUUGUUUUUUAGAUGUCGAUGAAUGCUCUGACAAGACUGAUAAUUGCAACAUCAAUGCAUUCUGUUCAAACACUGUUGGUUCAUUUGACUGUCAAUGUAAAUCUGGGUUUUCUGGAGAUGGAAUUUCCUGUUCAAGUAAGACAAGUUAAUUUUAUAGCCUCCUUAGUCAUUUUUCUUUUUUAUGAUUAAUAUUUAUUAUUUCUAGAUAUUGAUGAAUGUUUAACCAAUCCUUGUGGCCUCAAUGCUACUUGUGCUGACAUAGAAGGUUCUUUUGACUGUCAAUGUAAUCUUGGGUUUUCUGGAGAUGGAUUUUCUUGUACAGGUAAACAAGCCUCAUGUUCACGGUUAAAAUAUUUAUUUGGUGCCAAAAAUUAAUAUAGUAUUUACAACAGGGGCGUUUUUUUUUAGAUGUCGAUGAAUGCUCAGACAACACUGAUAAUUGCAACAUCAAUGCAAUAUGUUCAAACACUGUUGGUUCAUUUGACUGUCAAUGUAAAGCUGGGUUUUCUGGGGAUGGAAUUUCCUGUCCAAGUAAUACAAGUUAAUUUUAUAACCAUAUAUAACUAUUUCCUUUUAUAACUAUUUCCUUUUUUAUGAUCAUAUUUAUUAUUUCUAGAUAUUGAUGAAUGUUCAACCAAUCCUUGUGGCCUCAAUGCUGCUUGUACUGACAACGAAGGUUCUUUUGUCUGUCAUUGUAAUGUUGGGUAUACUGGAAAUGGAUUCGUUUGUUCUAGUAAGCAUGAUCAUUCAUUUAUCUAACUUUGUUUCUAUUUCUACUAUGAAAAUUUAACAUUUAUUUCUCUUAGACAUUGAUGAAUGUUUGAGCAACCCAUGUCAUGUCAGUGCUAGCUGUACUGACAACGAAGGUUCUUUUGUCUGUCAAUGUAAAAAUGGUUUUGCUGGAAGUGGCUUCAGCUGUUUAGGUAAAAGUUUGACUCCCUUAAACUUAACAGUUAUCACAUAUCGAACCCCAUGGCCACUCAACAAAUUUGCUAGAGAACAAAGAAAGCAGCUGUAGUUUAAACUUAAGGAUCCUAUUUUAGUCACAAUUUAGUUUCGACCUGAAGGAAGUGUUUAUUAAUACCAGCUACAGUUAAAUGUUAUCAUGAAUUUUAUCAAGUUGUCAAUAAUAUAUAUGAGCGUUGUGUGUUCGAGUUAGGCCAAAAGCUACUGUUGAAAGUAAAGCCUAGGCGGCAAAUUUUAAUAUAAAAACUAUAAAAUUAUAAAAAAAAUUAAAUGAGCUAAAUUUUAUAUGGGCCAAUUUUUCUGUACCGUAAAGCAACUUCGUUGAUUCGAGGAAUGUUCUUUUAAAACGUUCUAGACUUCUUGCUCAUGCAGCCUGGACUAUGCUAUUUUCAUUUGACCAAGUCUUUAAUCAAGAAACUAUUUUUGUAUACUGUCUACAAAAACCCUAGCCUGCGAAAACAGCCUCUACUUUGCUGCUCCUAUUACUUUGAUACUCUUGAAAUCCUCUAUAUAUGAAAUAUACUUAAAACUGCAGAGACUGGUAGUUCAAAGUAUCAGAAAUUCUGAUACAUUUCAAAUCCUCAAAUAUACUUAAAACUGCAGAGACUGGUAGUCGAAGUAUCAGAAAUUCUGAUACUUUUGAAAUUAUCUAUAUAUGUGAAAUAUACUUAAAACUACAGAAAUUGGUAGUCCAAAGUAUCAGAAAUUCUGAUACUUUUGAAACCCUCUAUAUCUCAAAUAUACUUAAAACUGCAGAGACUGGUAGUCCAAAGUAUCAGAAAUUCUGAUACCUUUCAUAUCCCCUAUAUGUGAAGUAUACUUUUCAAAUAGUCUAAAAACUGCAGAGACUGGCAGUCGAAAGUAUCGGAAAUUCUGAUACUUUUGAAAUCCUCUAUGUCAAGAGACUGGCAGUCCAAAGUAUCAGAAAUUCUGAUACUUUUGAAAUCCUCUAUAUGUAAAAUAUACUUAAAACUGCAGAAACUGGUAGUGCAAUUAAAGUAUCAGAAAUUCGGAUACUUUUGAAAUCCUCUGUACCUCAAAUAUCACUAAAACUGCAGAGAUUGGUAGUCCAAACUUGUUAUUAUCAUUGAAAAUGAUGCUGGAAGUCCGGAUAUUAUUUUUUAGAUAUAAACGAAUGUACGAACCCAGAUAUUUGUCCUGAGAACAGUCAAUGCCUUAACAAUCCAGGCAGUUACACGUGUAAUUGUGAUAUCGGAUAUACUGGCUCACCGCAGUGUACAAGUAGGUAAACCGGGUGGCCGAAAUUGAGAUAACCAAACCUGGGUUACCGCCACGUUACACUAUUAAAUUAUAGUUUAAUGGUAACCCAAUCCCUUCGUGGUUUUAUUGUGUUGUGUAUUUACAUUCUUUCUCAAUCACCCAUCAAACAGUAGUGGAUUUAUAGAGGGGGGACAUUGUUGACCUUGGCACGCCUUUGUUAGCCAUAUUGAAAUGUUUGAGGUUUAUAUUUGUUGUUUUAGAUCAGGGCCCCCAUUGACAACAGAAGCUUUUGCUUCUGAAAGAGUUACCCUGGAUUCAAAAUAAAUGUGUGUUGUGUUGUGUUGUGUUGUGUUGUGUUGUGUUGUGUUGUGUUGUGUUGUGUUGUGUUGUGGUGCAUUUAUUUCCAUCACAAACUCUAAAGGACAGGGAAUUUACGAAUUAACUAAACGAUCCGAAUUCUGCAGGUGAUUAUCAGACGCUUUCUAGUCAAGGUGGAAGUAAUGAGAGUUCACAAUAGUGAUGGAAUUAAUUUGUAAGCUAAACUGAACAAGAUAAAAGGGUCCAGUUCAUCUGAAAUCUUGCUUCACUGUGAGACAAGCAAAAGGCCUACUGGGGUACAUGUCCAUGUCCCUACAGUAGUUAUAUAGUUUAGAAAUGUCUUUGCAACUAGCCAGUGCUGAGUUCGGUGUGCUCGGUAGCUUGCCCAGCAUCUCCCUAACUAGCUGGAUCUACAACUGCCAUCAAUGUUUUUUACCAUAGGAGAGGGUGAAUGCCCUCAAAAAACACUUUGCACCACCAGAAAGUUUUCUCACCCCAUCUAAAGAAAUUUGUAACCCUACCUCCCAGAAAUCUAAAAAGAAAACAAAUGACAGUAAUGUGACUGAAGUAACGAUUUUGAACUGAGGAAGACUAUAUAUAAACAAGGAUUUUGAACUGAGGAAGACUAUAUAUAAACAAGGAUUUUGAACUGAGAAAGACUAUACAUAAACAAGGAUUUUGAACUGAGGAAGACAAAAUAUAAACAAGGAUUUUGAACUGAGGAAGACUAUAUAUAAACAAGGAUUUUGAACUAACUAAGAUUAAGAAUCUUAAAAUUUCCCCCAUUAGCAACUGUACCCCCAGCCCUUGCUGCAGCUUGUUGCUUCAAUUUGUUUGACACAUUCCUCAAGCCCCCCCCCCAUAAAUUUUAAUUCAGCACUCCCACAGCGCAAAAUCUGAAAAUCCGUUUAUGACUUUUAUAUCUUCUCCUUAUUUAGGACUGCCAGACGCAUUUAUUUCCAUCACACUUACAAUAAAGGACAGGGAAUUUAAGAAUUCACUAAACGAUCCGAAUUCUGGUGAUUAUCAGACGCUUUCUGGACAAAUUAGAAGUAAUGUAAGUUCACAAGUGUGAUGGAAUUAGUUUGUAAGCUAAACGGAACAAAACUUUCAUUAUGCUAGAUAGCUCUGCCAGUUCCAAAUUGAUCUUCCUUGUGGUCCAGUAAGUGCCAAUCCCUUGUUGGUCCAGUGUUACCAUAUGGGGAAACUCAAAUUCUUUUAUACUGGAUAGCUCUGUAAGUUCUAAAUGAUUUUCCCUUACUAAGGGAGGAAACUGAUGCUGAUUUUUUCUGCCAAACUAGUUUCGCAUUCCAGAAUGAAGUCCUUUAGACCACAAGACCGUUCUUGAGGAAUGGGAUACUGGUGCAACAAUCACUACGCCAAUGUUGCAAUGAAAAAUGAAAAGCGUUCAACACUUAAAAUCGUUUUGGCGUACCUCUCCAAAAUACUUUGUUUUAGCUUCAUCUCCUAAAUAUGCUGUAAAUCUCCUAAAUAUGCUGUUUCACCGCAUCUUAUUCCAUAUAACUGUAUUUUCUUAGUUCGAUAAGGAAUUUUCCAAUAUUCCACAAUAUCGUGGUGCCAAUAUCUUGAGAUUGAGGUGAGUUCAACGCUGAGUAGUUGCAUAUACAAGUAAAUCAAUUAAGGUUGUCUUUCCAAAAACUUAAACGUUAAACUCUGGGCGCGCAAGUGACGAUGGGUUAUUGCUUAUUUAGGCUCAUAAACUUUGAAAUUUGUGUUUGCAAGAAUACCUAAGACAUAUACAAGACUCACAACAGAAAACAUACUUGCCGCAAAGGCAAUUUUCUGAGUUUAAGGGCCUAAUAGAUGAAAAACCGUCAUCCCUUGUGUGCUCAGAGUUUAAGGUUUUGGAAGGACAACCAAAAUUGAAUCGGCUGCAUUUACUUUCGCAUAUGAUGAUAGCGAUGAUUUUUAAAUAGUUAUGUAUGUCGCUAGUUCUAACCAUUGUAUCGAUUCUGAAAAGGCGUGGAAGUGUGAUUUUCGAUGCAGAAGUGGUCUUUGUUCCGGGUUCUGAAGACGAAAUUACUAGGGUUUUGGAGGGAAUGAAUACAACUGGCG